CUCCACUUGAAUAGAAUUCCAUUAUAAACCAAGUCUUCAUUUUCUCAGAUCUCACCAUCUUUCAUAUCUCUGUUUCUCUCUCUAGAAAGAAGAAGAAGUUAGUUUGAGCAGCAAAAAUGGCAGGUGGAUCGACAAGCAGCAACCCGCCCAAGCAGAGGAAGAGAGUUGAAGCUGAGUCUCCUGAUGCCGAGUCUUCGCCUUCUGCUACUCUUUCUCUUAAGCGUGCUAAGGAUGGCAGCGCUUUCUCUCGCUGUGAGGAAUGCAACAGCAGUGUGCCAGUAGCUCUUAUUGAUAUGCAUAACUGCAGCAUUGAGGCUAAAAUCAAGAUGAGCCUUGAUGCGACUGUUGUUGAAAAGCCGGCUGAGGUUAAGAAGAAGCCAGUUGAGAGGAAGAAGCCAUCAUCGUCUGCAGCAGGUUCUGAGUCUAAGUCAAAGAAGAGAAAGCUUAGCAAAGUGAAGGAUCCUAACAUGCCAAAGCGCCCCAUGAGUGGCUACUUUGUUUUCAUGGAGGAAUUCCGAAAGGUGUACAAGGAGGAGCAUCCCGAGUCCAAGGGUGUGAAGGAGGUUGCCAAGGAAGCUGGCGCAAAAUGGAAGUCCAUGACUGAUGAGGAGAAGAAGCCAUAUCUGGAUAAAGCUGCUGAGCUCAAAGUGGAGUAUGAGAAAGCCAUGGAGGCUUACAAUGCCGAUAACAAUGCAGAGGAACCUGAGGAUCUUCAAGCUGAAGAACUCUGUGAUGAAGAUGCAUAAGUGUUUUGACAUGAUGUUUAGAGGCUUCCAGAAGUAGGUCUUUUUUUGGGAUGGUGAUUGUUAUGGGUAGCUUGUAAAUUUGGGUGUUGUUUAUGGCUAGGAAAGUAUACAAGUAGUUUAUGAAUCUUUUUUAAAACAGUGAUGUUUCCUCUUAUUGAUGUUAUGCUGAACGAUGAUCAUCAAUGAAAUGUUCAUGCUUUUUCAGUCCA